AUGGGGGACCUCGCAAGUCAGUUCGCCCUUCCUCUGCAAAGUAAGCUAGCGAUAGUAACUGGGUCAUCACGUGGUAUUGGUGCCGGCAUUACAUGGGAGCUUGCCCGCCGUGGUGCGAAUACAACAGCAAGUGUCCUGCCGAAGACCUUAGGGCUAAGAUCAGCCAACUCCCUCAUAAGCCGACCACAUGGACCUGCCAGGCCGACCUGUCAACGACCACGGGCGCCCAGGAGGUCAUUUCAAAGCUCAAGUCUUACGUUGGCAAGCGAUGACUUUCAAAUCCACAUUUUGGUGAAUAAUGCCGCCACCGAGAUGGUGAGCAAUAUGCAGAGCGUGACGCUUGAGAAUUAUAAUAAGGUUUUCAACCUUAACGUGCGUGGUCUCAUGCUCAUGACGCAGGCCGUAGUUCCGUACCUAGCACCCAAGGGCCGGAUUAUCAACUUAAGCUCUGUAGGAGCGCGCUCCGGCUUCAAAGAUGUCAGCAUUUACAGCGCUUCCAAGGCUGCUGUCGAAAGCUUCACGCGCACCUGGGCCAGCGAGCUAGGUGGGGAUGGCACGACGGUUAAUGCUGUGGCGCCAGGACCUGUACCUAGCGAUAUGCUGGACAAUAUCCCUAAGGAAAUUGUCGACAUGCAGAAGACGACGACGCCUAUCGAGCAGCGACUUGGCACAACGGAGGAGAUUGCGAGCAUUCUUGGGUGGUUGGCAGGACCCGAUGCCUCAUGGGUGUCGGGCCAGGUUAUCUGUGCAAGUGGUGGCUGGUCAAUGUAUUAG